AAAAAGUAUUUAUAAUUAUUAUUUUUAUUAUAUAACAAUUCUAACCAUUAAAACACAAAACCUAUGAAUUAACGUCAACAUGUGUGCCCCAGCUAGUUAAUAAAUAAAUAAACAAAUAAAAGAAACGAGUGGUGAAAAAUAAAACCCUAAUUAUUAAAUGGAUCGGACGAAACGACGAAACUUCCUUAUGCGAACCAAAAGAGGAUAAGCAAUAAUUAUCGGAAAAAACCGGAGCACUUUCUGAAUUAUUCAGUUUAUUUUCUAUGCAUUUUCAGGGCCCGAUCGGGGAGAAUCUGAUCCACCAUUGAAGCUCUGCGGAGAGCACAGAGUAGAAACGCAGGAACUGAGGAUCAUGCUGCAGAGAUUCCGUUCUUCGAAUCGAGGAGAGUAUUUGGAUCUGGUGAAAAUUGGCGAAUUGCAGGAAUUAAAGCAGUAAAUAACAGAGUGGAUGGGGGGCAAGAGUUCAAGGGAUGAGAGUUGGAGGCAGACAUCUCGUUCAAGUAGUUCUUCGUCCUGGGAUCAUUAUGGGUAUCCUCAACCUCAAUCGACAUAUCCUCAAGAAAGUCAGAAUUAUGUGACACAACAAUCUUAUGUUCCGCAACAGCCUUACUAUGCGCCUUCUCAAAGUUUUGGUGGUCAGUCCAGUGAACCGCAAAGGAGGCUUGAUAGGAGGUAUUCAAGGAUUGCUGAUAAUUACAAUUCCUUAGAGCAGGUAACAGAGGCUCUUGCGCAUGCUGGCCUUGAAUCAUCCAACCUUAUUGUUGGUAUUGACUUCACAAAGAGCAAUGAAUGGACAGGUGCAAAGUCAUUCAAUAGAAAAAGCUUGCAUCACCUUGGAGAUUGUUUGAAUCCCUAUGAACAAGCAAUAUCUAUUAUUGGGAAAACUUUAGCAGUUUUUGACGAGGAUAACUUAAUUCCCUGUUAUGGAUUUGGAGAUGCAUCGACGCAUGAUCAAGACGUAUUCAGUUUCCAUCCAGAUGAUACAUUUUGUAAUGGAUUUGAGGAAGUUUUGAGUCGCUAUAGGGAAAUUGUCCCUCAUCUACGACUUGCAGGACCUACAUCAUUUGCCCCUGUCAUCGAAAUGGCCAUGACUAUUGUUGAGCAGAGUGGUGGCCAGUAUCAUGUUUUAGUGAUCAUCGCAGACGGACAGGUAACUAGAAGUGUUGACACAGAGCGUGGCCGGUUAAGUCCACAGGAGCAAAAGACAGUUGAAGCUAUUGUAGAGGCAAGCAAGUUACCCCUGUCUAUCAUACUAGUUGGGGUUGGAGAUGGGCCAUGGGACAUGAUGAGAGAAUUCGAUGAUAAUAUCCCCACUCGGGCCUUUGACAAUUUUCAGUUUGUGAAUUUUACGGAGAUUAUGUCAAAGAAUGUAAGCCAAAGCCGAAGAGAGACGGAAUUUGCUCUUGCAGCCUUGAUGGAAAUCCCUUCUCAGUAUAAGGCAACAAUAGAACUUAAUAUAUUGGGUAAUCGGAAAGGGGGUGUUCCUGAGAGGAUUUCCCUUCCCCCACCUAUGUACAAUGAGGCUUCUUUAAGAAGCAAAAAAUCUUUCAUCGGCUCAAAACCUUAUAACUCGACCAGUUUCCAGAAGAGUGCCCCACCAUACUAUGGUGAUAGCUCAGCUGUUGGGACAGCUCCACCUGCCACAAGUUCCGCUUUUGAUAACCAGCUUUGUCCUAUUUGCCUUAGUACUUCGAAGGACAUGGCUUUUGGUUGCGGGCAUCAGACGUGUUGCAACUGUGGACAAGAUCUUCAAUCGUGCCCAAUAUGUCGAAGCCCAAUUCAUACCAGAAUAAAGCUGUAUUAAGCAGAAUGUUUCCUCCUGCUCGUUGGUUGGCCAAAAUUCUUUGUAAUUUAUUGUUCAGAUUGUGAAAUGGUUGAUUAGGUUUUAGCUAGACUCGAUCUUGUCUGCCAUUGAUCCGAGGAAAUACUAUUUGAUUUCAUUUUGUACAUACAUCAUUUUGAUUUGUUUCCGUUUUGCUCAUUUAAAGCUGUUUGUCCCAACAUUUGCCCAUGUCAAGAGCCUGCAAGAUUCACAUUGGAUGUUUUGCUGAUUGCUUUGCCCUUGUGCGGAUAUAUUUAAAGGGCUUGCGAUUUGCUAGUGCUUCAAAUCAGGUCUACUUGGUGAGAUCAAUCAAUUGUUUCUGGCAGUUUGCUUUGUGUUUCAAACUGUGUUAGUGUUCUUAGAGCGAGCUGUUUACAUAUGUUCUCUCCUUUUUCCCAUUGUUAUAUAUAAAUUUGCUUAUAAACUCAA